AGCUAGCCGCCAUUUUGCGCAGCGGGCGCUGGGAAGCAGCAGCAGCCGCCGCGGCCGGAGCUCUCUCCUCAUCUCCGCCUCUUCCCUCCGCUACACCAUGUCGCGGGAUCGCUUCCGUAGCCGUGGCGGCGGUGGCGGCGGCUUUCACCGGCGUGGCGGCGGUGGCGGCCGCGGCGGCCCUAACCACGAUUUCCGCUCGCCGCCGCCCGGCAUGGGCAUGGGACAGAACCGCGGCCCGAUGGCGGGCGGCCCGCAAGGCCCAGGCGGUCCGCCGGGAGGAGGCCCGAAGCCCGAACCACCGAAGCCACCCACAUCCACCUCUGCUCCGCCUUCUUCAUCCUCCGCAGCCUCCGCCACCACGGCGGGACCCACCGGCAGUCAGGCAGGAGCGCCUCCAUCCUCUGCGCUUCCCGCGGGCCAGCAGCCACAGCAGCAGCCGCCAGUUUCGGCUCCUUCCCCGUCUCCCUCCGGUCCACAGCCGCAAUCCAAGCCCAGCCCCAGCCCCACGCCGGCCGGCGGCCCUAAGAAAGGACAAGGACAGUCUCCUGGUGGUGGCCCCAAGGGGCCAGGGGGUCCGCCGCAGGGGCCGCACAAGGGCGGCCCAGGGCACCGCGGCGGGCCGGGCGGGGAGCCGCGGGGCCGCGGGCAGCAGCACCAGGGCCAGCAGAGCCUCGGGCCACAGCAGGGCUCAGGAGAAAGGAGCGAGAAGCUGUCGGACGAGGGGUUUAAAGCGAACCUCUCUUUGCUGAGGCGGCCCGGGGAGAAGACGUACACACAACGCUGCCGGUUGUUUGUGGGGAAUUUGCCCGCUGAUAUCACAGAUGAAGACUUUAAAAGACUGUUUGCCAAAUACGGGGAGCCAGGAGAGGUUUUUAUCAACAAGGGGAAAGGCUUUGGAUUCAUUAAAUUGGAAUCUAGAGCUCUUGCAGAAAUCGCAAAGGCAGAGUUGGACGAUACCCCCAUGAGGGGCCGGCAGCUCCGGGUUCGCUUUGCCACUCAUGCCGCUGCCCUUUCGGUGAGGAACCUCUCACCCUACGUAUCCAACGAGUUGCUCGAGGAAGCUUUUUCCCAGUUCGGUCCGGUGGAAAGAGCUGUUGUGAUUGUAGAUGAUCGAGGUAGAUCAACAGGAAAAGGCAUUGUUGAGUUUGCGUCAAAGCCAGCUGCAAGGAAAGCGUUUGAACGGUGUACUGAGGGAGUGUUUUUGUUGACAACCACUCCCAGGCCAGUUAUUGUGGAACCAUUGGAACAACUGGAUGAUGAAGAUGGUCUUCCAGAAAAGCUUGCUCAGAAGAAUCCAAUGUAUCAAAAGGAGAGAGAGACUCCUCCCCGUUUUGCUCAGCCUGGCAGUUUUGAAUUUGAAUAUUCCCAGAGAUGGAAAUCUUUAGAUGAAAUGGAAAAACAGCAGAGAGAGCAAGUGGCAAAAAAUAUGAAAGAUGCCAAGGACAAACUUGAAAGUGAGAUGGAAGAUGCUUAUCAUGAGCAUCAGGCAAACCUCCUGCGACAAGACCUCAUGAGGCGUCAGGAGGAACUGAGGCGUAUGGAAGAACUCCAUAAUCAGGAAAUGCAGAAACGCAAGGAAAUUCAGCUGAGGCAGGAGGAGGAGCGUCGCCGGCGGGAGGAGGAGAUGAUGAUCCGUCAGCGGGAGAUGGAAGAGCAGAUGAGAAGACAGAGGGAAGAGAAUUAUAGUAGAAUGGGUUACAUGGAUCCAAGGGAGCGAGACAUGAGAAUGGGUGGUGCUGCCACAAUGAACAUGGGAGAUCCUUAUGCUUCAGCAGCCCAGAAAUUCCCACCUCUGGGAGGUGGUGGCGGCAUAGGUUAUGAAGCUAAUCCAGGAGUUGGCCAAGCAGCCAUGAGUGGUUCUAUGAUGGGAAGUGACAUGCGUCCUGAACGCUUUGGGCAGGGAGGUGCGGGGCCCGUGGGUGGCCAGGGUCCUAGAGGAAUGGGGCCUGGAACACCAGCAGGAUAUGGUAGAGGGAGAGAAGAAUAUGAAGCCCCAAACAAAAAGCCCCGAUUUUAGAUGUGACCUUGUAGUUUCAUUCCAGUUUGUUUUUGUCUGUCUUGUUUAGACACCGACUUCUUAAUUCUUGCAUUUUAGUAAGAAAGCUACGUUUUUAUGGAUGUUAGAAACUUACUGACCUAAUAUUUGUAAGUGGUCUGUUUGGGCGAGUACAAUUUAAUUAUGUAAUGCAGUGUUUCAAAAUCAAACUUAGCUGUUUUUUUGAUGUAUAACAUCCCUAACUUGAUGGCAGUGUACCUUGUGCCACUGAAUUCCCAAAGUGUACCAACCUUUUUUUUACUGUGCUUCAAAUAAAUAGAAAACUAAAUGUAGUAACUCUUCUUGCCAGUCGUGGUUAAACAAAUGAGGCUGAAUACCACACCUGUCACAGUAACCUGAGAGCCUCGAGCUGAGGUCGGACCUAGACCAGGGUGUGGAACUGCAGUGAAGAGUGAGAUCUCUUCCCACAGUGCCUCUCUAGCCAAAGAUUGGGUUAAAUUGUAGCUGAACUUUGCAGUAGGUGCAGAUUUUUUGAGCAGUAAUUGUGCUGCGAUAAGGAAGCAAAUGGAAAUCUUACAAAUGCUGUAAGAUACAUUAUUUAAAGCUUCACUGCAAGCAGUGCAGUAAUGAAUUCCAUAUUUUAGCUAUGGGUGGUGGGAUGGUAGCACUUACCACCCUGGCAGUUACUGCUUGGAAUCUUUCAAAGACUUUAAGCAGAAGACUAGCAAUGGUUAUUUUAAAAUAAAUUCAUAGAAUGCCUUGUAUUGGCUGACUUCCUCACUGAAGGAUUGUUAAUGUGAUAUUUAUAUGCUCUUAAGCUGUCUUGAGAUUACAGGAUCUGGCCUUGCUCCAUAUUGUACACCUGCCUGAAAUUGCUUGGCAAAAAGACCGGAAGUGUUACUCGAGUGAUUAAGGUUAACUUGCUUAUGUCCUCAUGCUAACAGUGGACUAAUUUGCCUAGUUCAGAAUACAAUCAUUUGUAUUAUGGGGACUGCAGGAACUAUUCUUAAAUUGUGUAGCUGGUGGGCAAAUCCUAAAAUCCUGUAUGUAAAAUACAGCAAUCAGCUUGCUUGCAUGAUGGUUAUCGCUCUUUUAUUAUUGAUGUUUGGAGAUAAUGCUUCAAAAGUAGUAUCUGAAUCUGGAGUUUUAAGAGUUCAUACUACACAGUGCAAAUAAACUCCCUUUAAGGUU